CACACCACAACCCUACCCCACAAAACUCUCUUGCGGGUGCUCCAACCAGCUGUGUGAGAAGCGGAUGACUUGGCAGAAAUCACAGUUGUGGUCCAUAAAAGUAAUGUUGAGUUGUUGUUUUUGUCUCUUCAUGCCAAUAACAUCAUGUGAUUUCUUGCUAUGCCCCUCCUUUUCCUCUAGCACUGAGCCUCAGUCAGUGCACAGAGAGGGGGAAGGAUUCAAACAUUCAUUAGAAGCUACUAGAAUUACCCCGGAUGCUCAGAUGAAACAGUCUGAAACAAGAUGAAACAAGAAUAAACUACUUUAUUAAGAAGGCUUCUGUUGGAUUCAAUGCAACUCAAAGGAAAGGGGUAGCCAGGAGCUCCCCAGAGACCCUGACACUGUGCUGAUAUUUGUUACAUAGACACAAGAAGCAGAGAGAACAGAAGCCCAGAGAUCCCAGCAGCCAUGGCCUCAGGGACUCCUGUAUGGGAAAUCCAAGAGGAAACCAACUGCCCCAUCUGCCUGGAAUAUCUGACGGACCCAGUCACCAUACAGUGCGGGCACAACUUCUGCCGAGGCUGCAUCACUCAGUUCUGUGAGACAUGGGAAGAGCAGGACUCUGACCCCUUGUGCUGCCCCAGCUGCAGAGCCCGAAUCCAGAAAGGGACUCUCCGAAAAAACUAUCAGCUAGCAAAUAUAGUGGAAAAAAUCAAACAACUGGAUUUUAAACCAGGAAAAGAGAAUCUGUGUGAGGUGCACAACAAAGCCCUGGAUCUGUUCUGUGAAGAGGACAGGGAAACCAUGUGUGUGGUUUGUUGGAGAUCCCCCCAGCACAGAUCUCACACGGUGCUUCUCAUGGAAGAGGCUGCCCAGAAAUACAAGGAAAGAAUCCAGGCCCAUUUGAAAACUCUGAGGAAAGAGAGAGAAAAGCUGCUGGGAUUGAAAGCGACUGGAGAGAGGAAUUGCCGGGAAUAUCUGAAACAAACACAAACCGAGAGGCAGAAGAUUGUGUCUGAAUUUCAGCAAUUGCAGCAGUUCCUGGAGGAACAAGAGCGACUCCUGCUGACCCAGCUGGAGAAGCUGGACAAGGAGAUUGUGAGGAUCCAGAAUGAAAAUGUCAGUAAACUCUCUGAGCAGAUUUCCCGUCUGAGUGAGCUGAUCAGUGAGAUGGAGGGGAAGUGUCCGAAGGCAGCGAGUAAAUUCCUACAGGAUGUCAGAACCACCUUGAGCAGGUGUGAGAAGGGGAAGUUCCAGCAGCCAGAGGAGAUUUCUCCUGAACUGGAAGAGCGAGUCAGUGGUUUCUCCCAGAAAACGAUUGUGCUAAUGGAGAUUCUGGGGAAGUUCAAAGACACUCUGCCAUCUCAACUGGAGAGAAAAAGGGGAGAAUUCUUUGGAGCACACAGACAGGGUGAGUCUGCAGGUGAAGAUUGCCUUUAAAUUAUGAGAAAAUUCCAGAGCAAACGUCUUCAUGAGAUUGUAACUAAAGUUACCAACCAAACUGACAGCGACCAUGACACACACAGCCCUAAAAAUAAC